CCAGCACCAUGACGGGGUCGUCGUCAGUGUGAUGCUGCCUCAUUGACGAGUAGACUGUUGGCGGAGCUAGUCGUCAUCACCGUGAGGUUCCGUAUUAUGCCAAGUGAUUCUACUGCAGUUUGCUAAGAUGACUGGGAACGGAUUGCUCCAGUGAGUUGCACGGCAUUCACAGUUACCAAUGCCUGCAGUACGCAAAAAGUGACGCGGAUGACUUCACCUCGUAUGCUGCCAUGGUGAACAAACACUGUGAAGCGUUUCAACUCUCCAAGCUCACCCCGGAUCAAUUCAAGGCGCUCCGUUUCGUCUGUGGACUCCAAUCGCCACGGGAUGCGGACAUCCGAACAAGAUUGAUCUCGAAGCUGGAAGCCGACGAAACCGCAGUCAACGAACAAGGAGAAGCGGCCAGCAAGGUCACCCUGGAGAACCUCGUGGAAGAAUGCCAUCGCGUGGCCAACCUCAAACAGGACACACUGAUGGUGGAGAACAAGGAAGCACGCAACGUCAACAUUGUCUCCCGCAAACCGAAGAAUCCUGUGAAAAAUCCGAAAAUCCCCAAAACGCCCUGCUGGAAGUGUGGUGACCAGCACUACGUACGCGAGUGUCCAUUCGCUUCGCACACCUGUUCCAGAUGCAAGCAGCAAGGACACAAGGAGGGGUACUGUUCAAGCAACAAGCCUACACCCUCGAAGCCAUUCAAGCAGACGAAACCCAGAGAGAACGUGAAGACGAGGAGUAUCCACACCGUUCGGAACGUCGGAAGCAAGCGGAAGUUCAUCCCGGUCGAGCUCAACGGUACAACAGUCAAGCUUCAGCACGACUCGGCGUCCGACAUCACCAUUAUCUCCGAAGAUACUUGGAACAGCAUCGGACAGCCACCCACUCAACCGACGGAGGAAUCUGCAGUAACAGCUUCUGGUGGAAACCUCAACCUUCUCGCCGAGUUCCAAACCGAGAUCACCAUCAGGAAUGUGACCAAAACCGGUCGCAUCUUCAUCUCGGACAACGCUGAACUCAACGUUCUUGGAAUCGAAACUAUGGAUCUAUUCGAUCUGUGGUCUGUGCCGAUCAGCAGCUUGGUCAACGUCGUACACCAACGUCCCGACCAACAACCCGAUGAAUACGUGAGUCAACUCAAGCAACACUUCCCGGAGGUUUUCCGAAGCACGCUGGGUAGGUGCACUAAAGCGCAAGUGAAGCUGUACCUGAAGCCUGAUGCACGUCCUUCCUAUUGCCCGAAGCGACCCGUGGCGUACGCUGCGCUCCCCAAGGUAGAUGAAGAACUCGAAAGGCUCCAGAACAACGGUAUCAUUUCUCCGGUUCGAUUCUCGGACUGGGCAGCUCCAAUAGUCGUCGUACGCAAAGCGGACAACAUUUCGGUCCGUGUGUGUGGUGAUUAUUCGACGGGGUUGAACGACGCGCUGGAAUGUGACCGCCACCCACUGCCUCAUCCUGACGACCUCUUUGCGGAACUUGCUGGAGCACGUUACUUCACACACCUCGACUUGUCUGACGCUUACCUGCAGGUCGAGGUCGAGGAGGAAUCGCGGAAGCUACUCACGGUCAACACCCACCGUGGCCUAUUCCAGUACAACCGAUUACCCCCUGGAGUCAAGUCGGCACCCGGCGCUUUCCAGCGCAUCAUCGACAGCAUGGUGGCCGGCAUCCCUGGAGUCAAGCCGUAUCUGGACGACAUCCUCAUCGCUGGUCGGACUAAGGAGUAACACGACCGCAAUCUCUACGCCGUUCUCAACCGUAUACGUGAGUAUGGUUUCCACUUACGUCUCGAAAAGUGUCGUUUCGCACUCUCCCAGAUCGAGUUCCUCGGACAUAUCGUGGACAAAGAUGGCAUCCGCCCGGACCCUUCCAAAACCGAUGCCAUUUCCAAGAUGCAACCUCCGAAGGACGUUCAGCAGCUCCGUUCCUACCUCGGUGCUGUGAACUACUAUGGCCGAUUCGUGAAGCAGAUGAAGAAACUCCGGGCCCCCCUGGACAACCUGCUCAAGAAAGAUGCCCGCUGGAAUUGGACCGACGAAUGCCAACAAUCCUUCGAGCAGUUCAAGGCCAUUCUACUCUCCGAUCUGCUGCUCACUCACUAUGACCCAUCCAAGGAGAUCAUCGUCGCAGCAGAUGCAUCGAAGUACGGCCUUGGCGCAGUCAUCAUGCAUCGGUUCCCGACCGGUGAAGUGAAGGCAAUCGCUCAUGCCUCUCGCUCACUGACCCCGGCAGAGAUGAACUACGGACAAGUGGAAAAGGAAGCAUUGGCCCUGAUUUUCGCUGUCACUCGCUUCCACAAGAUGCUGUUCGGACGCCACUUUCUCCUGCAGACCGAUCACCAACCGCUCCUCAAGGUUUUCGGUUCCAAGAAAGGUAUUCCUGUUUACACCGCGAACCGAUUGCAGCGUUGGGCCUUGACACUCCUGCUGUAUGAUUUCGACAUCAAGCACGUUUCAACGACAAACUUCGGCUAUGCGGAUUUCCUUUCGCGGCUGAUGUCAACACAACGAAGGCCGGAUGAAGAUUACGUGAUAGCCGCCGUAUACGUCGAAUCCGAAGCGAAAGCAAUACUCGAAGACACCAUCAGCAACCUCCCAGUCACGCACCAGAUGAUUGUGGCUGAAACACGAAAGGACCCAGUUCUCCAGCAAGUGGUGAGCUUCCUCAAGGAG